CAACCCCACUUCCUUGUGAAUGGACCGGUUUGGGACGGUCCCGUGCAGCGGCGCAGCGUGGAUCCGUGUUGUGUCAGCGCGCGCCUUCACACACACACACACACGUUGGAGCCGCGCGGUGCUGCACGGGGCACGCGAGCAAACUCUUGAAUGCAACACUUCCCUCGCCUGGCUAUGUAACGUCUCGUGCAUCGAUAGAGAAGAGAACUAAGUUGAAUUGUUGCACUUCAGACAGAAUGAAGACGAGAGAGGUGAAGAUUAUAAACCAGGGUCUGGAGGAUGAGAUGGAGGUGUGGGGUUACCAACCCUGCCUGUGGAAGAUGAUCCUGGUGGGUGUGGGUGCUGUGUGCUCGGGGGGUCUCCUGCUGCUGCUGCUCUACUGGCUGCCUGAGUGGGGCGUUAAGGUCACCUGCACAUGCACCUCGCUGAGGGACGCGCACACACUGCUGCUCAGGACCACGGAUGAGUUCAGGCAGUGGUUUCGAGCCAAAGUACAUGUGAUUUCGGCUCCAGGGAAGAAGCCCUUAGACAGCCUGGACCUGCAGUCCACGGCUCAGCUGCCCAAUGGAGACGGAGACCACGGCAUCAGUGCUGUGCACCAGGAGCAUCAUGGGAAAUGUGCCCAUAGACAGCCUGUUCAGAUCCACUACUUCACCCACCACAGCACUAAAUACUACUGGAAUGAUGUGAUGCAGAACUUUGAAUUGCAUAAAGGCUUGGAGGAUUUGAAGGUGAGCUGUGCAAGCAUCCACUCCUCCCACAGCUCCGGGCUUUCUAAAACCCUGCAGGACUACAGGAGGUUGUUUUUCGGGGAGAAUGAGAUUGCUGUAAGAGUGCCGUCUAUAUUCAAGCUCCUCAUAAAGGAAGUGUUGAAUCCUUUCUACAUCUUCCAGCUCUUCAGUGUUGUUCUGUGGAGUGCUGAGGACUACUACUAUUAUGCUACCGCCAUAGUUUUCAUGUCUGUGAUUUCAAUAGCUACCUCACUGUAUACCAUUAAAAAGCAAUAUGUGAUGCUGCAUGACAUGGUGGCAACACACAGCGUGGUCCGUGUCUCAGUGUGCAGAGGAAAUAAAGAUAUUGAACAGGCCAUGUCAACAGAUCUCGUGCCCGGUGAUGUCAUCAUUAUUCCAGCGAAUGGGAUGAUCAUGCCCUGCGACGCUGUGCUCAUCUGUGGGACCUGCAUCAUAAAUGAGAGCAUGCUGACAGGAGAGAGUGUGCCAGUUACCAAGACAAGUCUGCCUAGUUCAGGCGAGGAGGCGGCCCUGAGCUACAAUAUAGAGGAGCACAAGAGACACACCCUGUUCUGUGGUACACGUGUUAUCCAGACCCGCUUCUACGCUGGAGAACUGGUGAAGGCCGUUGUGGUCAGAACAGGCUUCAGUACAGAGAAAGGCCAACUGGUGCGCUCCAUCCUCUACCCUAAACCCACAGACUUCAAGCUGUACCGCGAUGCUUACCUGUUCCUGUUGUGUCUGGUGGGGGUGGCGGGGAUCGGUUUCCUCUACACCAUCGUCCUCAGUAUCAUGAACAAGGUUCCAGCUAAAACUAUCAUCACUGAAUCUCUGGACAUCAUCACCAUCACCGUGCCCCCGGCCUUACCGGCAGCCAUGACAGCGGGCAUUGUGUACGCGCAGCGUCGUCUGAAGCGCGUCGGCAUCUUCUGCAUCAGUCCUCAGAGGAUCAACAUGUGCGGUCAACUGAACCUGGUUUGCUUUGACAAGACUGGUACUCUGACUGAAGAUGGUUUGGACCUGUGGGGUGUUCAGACAGCUGAAGAUGGCAGCUUUUCUCCCCCGGAGGCUGAUGCAGCUAAAGGAAGUCUGGUUAACAGUGCAUUUGUGGCCUGCAUGGCUACCUGCCACUCACUGACCAAGAUAGAGGGCGAGCUCUCCGGAGACCCUUUAGACCUCAAGAUGUUCAACGCUACAGGCUGGAUCCUAGAGGAGCCCACAGAGGAAGAGACUGCACUCCACAAUCCCAUAAUGCCCACAGUUGUGCGACCUCCAAAGCACUCCGUCCCUGAAGCCAGUCUGAAAAAUCCACUAACGCAGAACAUGGAGCUGUCUGAAUUUUCAUCCUUUGAGAUUGGUAUUGUGCGUCAGUUCCCCUUCUCCUCCACGCUGCAGAGGAUGAGUGUGGUGGUCAGGAGGCUCGGGGAGAAACACAUGAACGCUUUCUUGAAGGGAGCCCCGGAGGUGGUGGCCAGCCUCUGCAAACAGCACACAGUUCCACAGAGCUUCCCAGAGACUCUGGAGAGCUACACCAGGCAGGGCUUCAGGGUUAUUGCCCUGGCACAUCGGCAGCUGGAGGCCAAACUCUCCUGGCACAAAGUCCAGAGCCUCAGCAGGGACCUGAUAGAAACCAACAUGGAGUUCCUUGGUUUGAUCAUCAUGCAGAACAAAAUAAAAGAGGAAACUGCCGGGGUUUUACGCGAAUUACGUCAAGCUAACAUCCGCACUUUGAUGGUCACGGGUGACAACAUGUUGACGGCGAUAUCAGUGGCUCGAGAAUGUGGGAUGGUCCGCGCGCAUGAGACGGUCAUUAUUGCGGACGCUGCGCCUCCUAAAGAUUUCCACCUCGCGAGUAUCACAUGGCAUUACACUGAAACCCCUGCUCCCACCACCAGGGACAAUCAGACUGUGGAGAUAAACCUGCAGGACGCGGUAUAUGACAAAGAGAAAGUUCCUCAGCAGGAACAACGCUAUCACUUUGCCGUGACUGGCAGAGCCUUUGCUGUCAUCACUGAGCACUUCCCACAGCUCGUCCAAAAGCUGGUGCUGAGAGCCACUGUGUUUGCCCGCAUGGCUCCAGACCAGAAGACUCAGCUGGUGGAAGUCCUGCAGAGCAUCGACUACACUGUUGGGAUGUGUGGGGAUGGUGCUAAUGACUGUGGAGCUUUAAAGCGAGCUCACAGUGGGAUCUCUCUGUCUGAGCUGGAGGCCUCUGUUGCUUCACCCUUCACCUCCUCCACCCCCAACAUCUCCUGUGUCCCCAACCUCAUCAGGGAGGGCCGAGCUGCCCUCGUUACAUCAUUCUGCGUGUUCAAGUUCAUGGCUCUGUACAGCAUCAUCCAGUACCUCAGCGUCACCCUGCUGUACUCGAUUCUCAGCAAUUUGGGAGACUUCCAGUUCCUCUUCAUUGACAUCGCCAUCAUUCUCAUCAUUGCCUUCACAAUGAGUCUGAACCCGGCGUGGAAGGAGCUGGUGUGGCAGCGCCCGCCGUCCAGUCUGAUCUCUGGCCCGCUGCUCUUCUCCGUCCUGACCCAGAUCCUCACCAGCCUGGUCUUCCAGGUCCUGGCUUUCCUCUUAGUACAACAGCAGAGCUGGUAUGAGACAUGGACGCCUCAGUCAGAUGCCUGUAAUGUUUCCAGAUCAAGUCUCUCUUACAGCCUGAAUGUAACAAGCCCUCAUGACCACAAAAACAUCAGGAACUACGAGAACACCACCCUCUUCUACGUCUCCUCCUUCCAGUAUUUGGCUGUGGCCAUCAUUUUCUCCAAGGGAAAGCCCUUCAGACAGCCCAGCUACAAGAACUGGCCGUUCAUGCUGUCCUGCAUCGGUCUGUAUACUUUUCUCCUCCUCAUCAUGCUGUAUCCUGUUCCUGCCAUCGACAGCUUCCUGGAGAUCGUGUGUGUUCCCCCUGACUGGCGCGUUACACUGGCCAUCAUUGUCAUAGUGAAUGCGGCUGUGUCUUUCAUGCUGGAGAUUUUGAUCCUUGACAUCAUCUUGCGGACGCUAGUUUUCAGAUGCAAUCAGGGGCUUAAUCGCCCCACAGAGCCCCCCUCUGCUGACACACUUCAGGAGGCCAAUGACCACUGGGGCUCGUCCUUCCUCUCCUGGUUGUUCUGUCGGAGAAGCAAGCCCCCGAGGGUGCGCUACAUGCACCUGGCCCUGGAGCUGCAGGACGACGCCGACUGGCCCCCAAGACCCUCCACUGUAACCUACGCCAGCGAUCCACAAUCCCGUACCUCUGCCCCCCUCUGACACCUGAGCAAGCAAACUGCUGCACAAACUAAACCUAAAACCUUAGCUUGAGUUGAGCUCAGAGAUAUGGCAGAUGCUCAGAGAUGUGUUUGGGACGUGGAGCCUGCUGGAUGCCAGCGGCCAAUCUAGGAGCCUCAUAAAAGUGAGACCUCCUACUGCAAGGACUGACUGACUGACUGACUGACUGACUGUGAGCUGCUCAUACAUAAAGUUCUCUUUCAUUUUGAUUAACCUCAUCCGAAUAGACAAACACUUUGCACUUGUCACACUGCUGAAACUUGAGCCAGAGGCCUCUGUUAAAGGAAUAGUUCAACAUUUUGAGAAAUACGGUACGCCUUUUGACUCUCUUGCUGAAAGUUAUAUGAGAAGAUUGAUCCCACUGUCGUAUCUAUGCGGUACAUAUGAGCAGUCGGUUAGCUUAGCUCAGCACAAUGACUGGAAACGGGGACACAGCUAGCCUGGCUCUGGUCCACUGUGAUGUCACAGUUAUACUAUAUAUAGGUAGAAAGUGCCGCUGCAUUGCUGUUACAGUCAUUCCCCGGCUGCAAUGAUGGUACAGAGACUCCGAGAGUGCAGAUGCACAAGACCUGUAAACGCUGACCAAUCAGAGCAGACUGGGCUUUUUUAGGAGGGGGGCUUAAAGCGACAGGCACUAAAACGGAGCGUUACAGACAGAAGGUGAAUACAGGUACAUUCAGAGAGACAGUAUGUGGAAAAUAAUGUGUUUUUUAAAGCUUAAAGUAUGUAACAAUGUUCUAGUAGAAACCCAAAACACAAGUAUGAACCUGAAAAUGAGCAUAAUAUGGGACCUUUAAGUCUCUGCUGGUUACCAGGCAGGCUAGCUGUUUCCUCUGUUUCCAGUCUUUGUGCUAAGCUAAGCUAAGCUAACCGGCUGCUGUCUCUAGCUUUAUAUUUACUGUCCAAACAUGAGAGUGGUAUUAAAUAUUCUCAGCAAGAAAACAAAUUAGUACAUUUUCCAAGAUGUCAAACGUUUCCUUUAAGAUGACAGGAUGUCUUACUAACUACAUUGAAUUUUACUGCCAAUGACAUACAAAAUGCAACCACAACACUGGACAUUGAGAAUGGUGUAUAAGUGUCAGAUGAGUCUUUUCAUUGUUUUAAACCGCUUUUUCAUUAUCUGACCCAAUAUUUGAAAUAUUUAAACCAUGUGCCUCGGUCUGACAGAUCAGAUACAUCGUACAGUAUUCAGCUGCUGUAUGCUCAGUCAGGUCCAUUUAAGGCCUAAAAGCACUGGAUGGAACUUUUCUCUUCACUGUGAAUAAAAACAUACAGCGUUUCACUAACAUUAUUAGCUGUUGCAAUAAAAAAAUCAAUUAGAACAUUGUUAAAAAAUAAACACAGCAUUAGCUGCUGCUAAAAUCUAAACGUUGUGAAACGGUAUUAGCUCAUAUAGAUUUUAAUAAACAUUAGACACUUUUGUGUGUCAAAACAAAUUGUAUGAACCCAGAAAACAUUCCACUGCGGCAUUUCUGUCUUAGAGUUGCUUCAGUUGAAAUUCUUCCUGUGGAAGACAAGCCGAAAGUUCUGUGUCCCUUUUUUAAAAUGUUACUGUGUGUGUGUGUGUGUGUGUGUGCGUGUGUAUUUUUCAAGGCCAGGCCAUGAAAAAUAAAGACGUGAUUUUAAAUGUCAUGUCUUUUAUGUAAAUUUAAACUUUGGAGCUUUUGGCUUUAACAAGGUCUCCUUCUCUAACAGAUUGGUUGUUGAGAUGUACAUGGUUCCUGAAAAAACAUCACCAAACACGCGUGAUGUUUUGAAUAUGCAGAAAGUUUGGAACAAUACAGGAGAAGAAUUAAUAAUACCAAUCAUUUCCUUUACGUGAAUACAUUGGCACUAAAAAUUGAUCCAGAAAAGGCACAAAUUGUUGCAGAAAAAAAUCAACAGAAUGCAGUUUAUGCAGUGUUUGACGCUCAAAAUUGUCUGGAGGACGACCGCCAGACCCCCUCGUUUGAAUGUGUCUCCCGCAAUGUUGAAACGUGUGUGUGUGUGUGUGUGUGUGUGUGGUAGGGGAGAGAGCAAGAUAAUGUGUUACUUAACAAAAGAAUUAAAACCAUUUCUGUGCCCUUUGAUUGCAUUAUAAAAUCUUUAUGCUCUUUUUUCCGAAAAAUAUGACUUUCUUUUUUUAAUGCAAGGGGGGAAAAAUGACACAGUUUAACAUCACUUAGGUACUGCACAUGACUGAUAGUGGUUUAAUUAAUUAAAGCAAUUGAAUUAAUCCAAACGAAUCAAUGAGACACUUGCUGCUGUGAAAAUGUUAUAACCGUUGAUUUUAACGUGUGAUUUUUAUGUAAUAUUUUUAUGUAACUGUUACUGUAUACAUAUUUUUCUAGUUACGGAUAAAAAAUGAAAUAAAGGUAAAAAAAACGGUAUGAGAA